AUGGCGCCAACGGUCGCCAGUCGUGGUGGCCCCGGACAGGCCCGUCGCGGACACGCACAUCCCUCUUCGUCGGGUGGCAAGACGCGUCCGGGCGUGGGAAUUGGCAAGGGCCGUCCUGGAGUCGCCGGCAAGACGGUAACGGGCUCGGUGCGGCAUCGCAAAAUGCUUCGCGAUAGCAUCAAGGGUGUCACAAAACCCGCAAUCAGACGGCUCGCUCGACGAGGCGGCGUCAAGAGGAUUUCGGCGGGCAUCUAUGAAGAGAUCCGCGCCGCGCUCAAGACUCGCCUCCGGACGGUUCUGGAAAUUUGCUCGGCGGUUGUCGAGUAUCGGAACGCCAAGACGGUCACAGUCAGUGACGUCAUAUUUGCCCUGAGAAGGAUUGGUCGACCCAUCUACGGCUUUGACCCCGACACGUACGACGCCAGGAAGAAGGAGCGGCACGAGCCUCUGCGAGACACUUGA